UUACUCUCUUGAGAUGAAACAUUUACUAAAAACUUGGUUUGCUUAAAGCAAAUAACAGCAAGUGGAAUUUUCUUAGUCACCACCUCAUCAAAUGAUAUAAAAGAAGCGUCCGUGAUUACUUCAUCCACCUAAAGUGGAAAAUUGGAUCUGGAGGAGGAGAAGGCUAAAUCCAAACUCCGAUCUAGAGAUUCACUACCUCCACUUUCAUUUCUUCUUCUUCUUCUUCUGCCAUUUUUAUAUUUUUCCGGCAAGAGUUUCUUCCUUUUUGACAAGCAAUCAAUCCCGUUCCUUCCCUGUAUAAAGAGGGCCACAAGAAAGUAUAAAUGUAAAAUGACCUGACAGUCCCUCACUCGAUGACAUGGCACAUUCCCAUUAGUCAAGAUUAAAACCCAAAAAUAAACUCCAAGUACCCUUUCAUUAACUUGGAAAAAGGAGGAAAGAUGGCGCGAAAGAUUUCCAUAGUUAGUUAGAAAUCCCUGAACUGUAGCAGAGCCUUAUAUCAUCAGAUGAUUCCCGUUCUCCUUCUUUCUUGCUUCCUUAAUUUCCUACCUAAAAACCUCAAGAAAAAGAAGAGGGGGAUUUAUCUCUCAAAACAACAGCAAUUUAGGCUGUUCAUUUUCAAAUCAAAUCUCAGGGUUCCUAGAGUAAUAGAGUACUAAAAACUAAGCUGGAUCAGAUUAAUGUUUUUCAGUUAUGGACUUGGAACAUGGAAGCGGAAGCAGCAAGCAUUCGGAAUCACAUCCAGAGGUUAGUGAUGGGAGCGGAACCAGUGAUCAUGAAGAUACAUAUCCAAAGCUUCGUGUUCGGGUUGGGAGUAUUGACAAUCUUCAGAGAGACCAAGAGAAAAUUGAUGGGACCGAAAGCAGUAAAAAUUCAGAAUCAAAUCCUGAGUUUAUUAAUGGAAGUGUUAGUAGUAAACAAAGAGAGUUAAAACUGGAAUUUACUGCUACAGAAGGGGAUCUUUACAUGCCAUUUGUAAAGUCAGGUCCUUCCUCUUCCUCGCCUUCCUCUGCUUCUUCUCUGGGUUCUUCUAGCUCAUCAUUGUAUGAUCUAUUUGAUGUGAUCGCAAAAGAAAGCGCUGACCUUGGAGAAUGCACUGAUUUUGAAUCACCCAACAAAGCUCACGAGAUUACUCAACCAGCAUCAGAAGAUCAUGAGAAUGAUACUUCCAUUGAAAAUUCUCACAAAUCAAAAGAAAGUGAGCGUGGCUCUUCAGAUCACACGCUAACAUUCCCAGCUUCUGAUGCCACUCAUGAAUCCCUGGUGUACAUGUCACCAACACAAUCCCCUCCUCUCCAAGUCAUGGAACGACCAGGAGGAUAUGAUCCUUUUAGGAUUCCAUCAUCCAUCUUUGAAAGAAAUAAAGGUCCAGCACCAAUGGAUUGGAGUGUUGCUUCCAAUGAAUCAUUGUUUAGCAUUCACGUAGGAAACAAUAGUUUCUCCAGAGACCAUGUUUUAUUGUUGGGCGAUCUGGGAUUGUCUGGAGAUAUUAAACAGUCAGGUGAAUUGAUCAUGUUCAGCCCACCCCCUCCAAAAGCAAUGGUGGCCACUGAUAAUCAGUCUUCAGAUCCUGCCUUGGAAACCUGCAAACAGAAGGGUGGAGCAAAUGGAAUAUCAGAUAAUACUACCAAGGAUCCCGCAGAAUAUCAAAAUAAGGAAAAUAAUCCAAACCAAGCUGUAUCCUGGAAAUCUCCUAGAACUUCCAACCUUUCAUAUGAAAGUGGAGACAGUGUCGAGUCCUUUACUUUUCCAAUAAGAAAGAAGAAAUAUGCAUGGCCAUUUUGCUACUUUUCUAGUUGUAGCUGGGCGCUCUGCUACUGUAAACGGCCAAGGUGCUACUUUAGGUGGCCAAGCUGCUCGUGUUCUUAUUGUAGCUGGGCGUUCUGCUACUAUUGGAACUGUGGCCGAAAAGGAUGGUGUUGUCAUAAAUAUUCUGCUUUGGCAAGUGGGAUGAGAAAUGGUUCCCUGAAAGCAGGUAUUGAGCAGCGGCAGCAGCAUCUGGAGUCACCGUCUGCCCCAGUGAGUCAAGAAUCGGCUUCCUAUCAUGGGUGUCAUUGCUUUUCAUGUUGCUCACGGGGUUGUUCUUUCAAUUGCUGUUGUUCCUGUCGAAAAAUCAAGUGUUGCUGUUAGAACUGGCUCCUUACUCAUAUGAUGGAAGAGUGCAUCUCAGCUCCUAAGGCGCUUCCUGUUUAAAAUGCAAGCCUGAGCUGUCCUUAAUUAAGGUUCUGGUGAUUAAGUUAAAAUUGGGACAUUGACGGUGGUUGCUACUUAAUCAUCACGAGGCCUCUUGAAAAUGCAAUUGUUGUCCAUGUGCGUUGUUCUUGGUGUGACUACAAGGAAACUGGUUCUUUUCAAGACAGGAAAAAAGGAAGGCGCUGAGGAAUGGUAAGGGGAACCUCUAAUCCUUUACCUUUAUGAUGUUUCCUCCGGGAAUUUCAGGAUGAUUCGUCCCUGAAUCGGAGCUAGUUUAUAACUAACCCUAUCUAUUUUGCGUCUAUAUUGCUGUAAAUUAACCUUUAAUUUAAUAGCCCUCUAGUGGUAUUAGACGAUUGUUUUCAAGCAUAUUCGGUAUUUUUUAUUAUUUUUAUUGUUAUUUGGAUUCUGCUGAUGUUAGAAGCAUGGUGUGAUUGUGAUGAUAUUACUCUAUCUAUACAUGAAUGAAAUUCUAAAUGGCA